AAUGCUGUCAAUCCACAUGGAAAGAUUUAUGCUUAAAUCUCAGACUUGAAUUUUCCAUCAUCUCUUGUUACAAGAAUCACUUGACCUCUUACCAUAAUAAUCAUUCCUUUCAUCCACUUCUGAUAACCAAAUGUACAAUAUCACCAUCGAUGUCAACCAAACAUUUUAACUUUUUUUAUUCUUUGAUAAUUGGAGUGGAGAACGCUUGUGGAAGGAAUUGAACCCACGACGUAGCAAUUUGUUGUUCAACGCUUAUAUCAUAUAAACUACAACUAGUUGGUAACACUUUAACUUAUUACUAAUGAAUUAUGAUAUCCAAAAUCCAAAGCAGCAAGUUCCAAGAAACAAUCUUGGAAUUCUAUUUUCAGCCGUUUUAUAUCUACUCAUCAACUAUUGUACCUUCUAAUUGUAACACUUUCACUUCAACCUCUCAGAGCCUACAUAAAUAUUGUCUGUCUCAUAAAGCCUAAUGCUAAUAAUAAUCAACAUCUAUAGUGGAUCACAACAAUUAAAUUCAUGGCCCUCAAUCUUUACUUUGUUAGAAACAAAUUUCACAAAUUUCUUAAACCACGUACUUCUCUACCUCCCCAUUUAAACUCUUCCUUUGAUAUACACCAUUUGAGCUUUCAAAUUGACCCUUCCACAUUCUAUGCAUCUCUUAUUCAUAAUUCACUCAACAUAACCCACUUAAACCAAAUCAAUGCCCAAUUAUUCGUUUCUCAGUUGCAUUACAAUGGUUUCUUGAUAACUAAACUCGUAAACUGGUGUGUAAAUUUUGGAGAAUAUUGUUAUGCACGUAAGGUGUUUGAUCAUUUUCCUGAACCAGAUGUGUUCUUGUGGAAUGCAGUUAUUAGAUGUUAUUCGAGGCACAACCUUUUUGGUGAUGCUAUUGAAAUGUAUGCUAAAAUGCAAACGGCAUGUGUAAGACCUGAUGGUUUUACGUUUCCUCUAGUUCUCAAAGCUUGCAGUGCUUUACAAGAAUUUGAAAUUGGGAGAAGAGUACAUGGACAUGUAUUUAGACAUGGGUUUGAGGCUGAUGUGUUUGUGCAGAAUGGUCUUGUAGCUUUUUAUGCAAAAUGCAGUCAGCUUUCACUUGCUAAUCUUGUUUUUGAUAGAUUAAAUGAUAGGAGUAUUGUUUCUUGGACAUCUAUUAUUUCUGGGUAUGCUCAAAAUGGUCAGCCUAUUCAAGCUUUGACAAUUUUUACUCAAAUGAUCAAAGCUAAUGUCAAACCUGAUUGGAUUGCACUUGUUAGUGUCCUUAGGGCGUAUACUGAUGUUGACGACUUAGAGCACGGAAAGGCUAUUCAUGGUUGUGUUAUUAAAAUGGGACUUGAAUUCGAGAUGGAUUUGCUAAUUUCACUUACUUCUAUGUAUGCAAAAUGCGGCCAGGUUAAGUUUGCUAGGUUCUUUUUUAAUCAGGUAAAGGUUCCGAAUUUGAUCUUGUGGAAUGCGAUGAUUUCUGGUUAUGUGAAGAAUGGAUACCCUGAGGAAGCUUUGGAGCUUUUUCGUCAAAUGAUAACUUACAAUUUUAAACCGGAUUAUAUUACUGUUACAUCUGCCAUCUUGGCUUGUGCCCUAAUUGGUUCUCUUGAUCUAGCAAGAUGGAUGAGUGAUUAUGUUAGCAGGACUGAGUUAAAAAAUGAUGCUUUUGUUAGCUCUUCCCUCAUUGAUAUGUUUGCAAAAUGUGGUAGUUUUGAAUUGGCUCGUGAUGUUUUUGAUAAAGAAUUGGAUAAAGAUGUUGUUCUUUGGAGUUCAAUGAUCAUGGGAUAUGGAUUGCAUGGUCGUGGCCUAGAAUCCAUUGAUCUUUUUGAGGCAAUGAAGAAAAUCGGGGUGCGCCCAAAUGAUGUCACCUUUAUUGGGGUUCUCACAGCAUGCAAAAAUUCAGGUCUUGUAGAAGAAGGAUGGGAACUCUUCCACUGCAUGAGAGACUAUGGAGUUGAACCACGCCACCAGCACUAUGCAUGUGUUGUCGAUCUUCUUGGACGUAAAGGGCAUUUAGAUAGAGCUUUUAGUUUUAUCAGAAACAUGCCAUUUGAACCAGGUGUAAGUGUAUGGGGAGCUUUCCUAAGUGCAUGCAAGAUUCAUCGCAAUGUCACACUAGGAAAAUAUGCUGCAGAGCAUCUUUUCUCAUUAGAUCCAUUUAACACAGGACAUUACGUUCAACUGUCAAAUCUUUAUGCUUCAGCUCGCUUGUGGGAUCAUGUUGCAAAAGUACGGGUGCUAAUGAAAGAGAAAGGACUGAAUAAGGAUAUAGGCCAAAGUGUGAUUGAGAUCAAUGGAAAGCUUCAAGCAUUUCAAUUUGGAGAUAAGUCACAUCCAAGAUCCAAAGAAAUUUUUGAGGAGCUUGAAAAUUUAGAAAGAAGGUUAAAGGAAGCUGGAUUUGUCACCAACAAGGAAUCUAUUCUGCAUGAUUUAAAUGACGAAGAAAUUGAGGAGUCACUUUGUAAUCAUAGUGAGAGGCUAGCAAUUGCUUAUGGGCUUAUCAGUACUCCCCCUGGAUCUACACUUCAGAUCACUAAGAAUCUCCGGGCAUGUGAAAACUGUCAUGCAGCAACCAAGCUUAUUUCAAAGAUCUUAAAUAGAGAAAUAGUAAUAAGAGAUGCAAAUCGUUUUCAUCAUUUUAAGAAUGGAGAUUGUUCAUGUGGAGAUCAUUGGUGAUAGAAAUGCAUAACUCUUCUUAUUUAUCAUGGAAAGGAGUUAACAAAUCCAAAUGAUUUGAAGAGUCUCUAGCUCAAGUCUGUUUGGAGAGUGGUGCCAUGGAUCCCCUCAUGAACUCAUAUGUUGAGAGGAUGCAAGCCACAACAAAGAAAUGGUAUUUAAAUAUUCUAAAAGCUGAUAAAGUACAGCCACCUAAGCAAACAGAAGACGGAAAGCUGUAUGCUCCAGCUGCUGUUGAUCUGUUCAGGAUUUUGGGGGAACAAGUUCAAAUUGUUAGGGAAUCCGUACUGACGUUAUGCUUUACUGGAUUGCUUUGGCUACUAUUCAGGCAAGUGAUAAUAGAUUUUCAAGCAGCUGAAAGGAAGUGGAUGAUAGACAGAGUGCAGAUUCCUGCAAAUAGUGAACUUACUGCCUAGGGUUGGGAAUGGUCUGAAGAACAGGUCACAGAGUAUCUUGUUGCAACACUUGGCGACUAUUUUACAGAUGUGAAAAUGUAUAUUGAAGAAGAUCAUUUAGGAGAUUCGUUGAAGCUUGCGUGGAAGAAAUUACAUUGAUCAUCUCCUGAUACAGAUUAUGCUAUAAUGUGUUUCGGGCUGUUAAUAUCAAGGAAGAAACCAUAGAACGGAUGAGGCUUGAUGAAGAUUAUUAUGGACUUCUUCAGGGAGUACAUAAGUGUCGGUAAAGUAGAACUAGGAUACUGAUCGACUUAAGAGAACUUGCCUCAGCAGAGAGCUUGGAUAUACCUUCACACUAAUCUAAACUAAUAUUCUUGAACAUCAACCAGAAUGAGUAUACGAAGGAUUUUGUGCUGUUUUUUUAGUUUUAAAUGUGCUUUUGUUAUUGUUGUAGGUUGUACAGGAAUGCGAGGAAAUUUAUGAAAAUUCACUCCAAAGGCUUGCAUGUUUUAUGAAA